UAUUGGCGAAUCUUGCAAGUUUCGCUUUGUAAUUGUCACGUUCGCGUUUGAUCUGUUGUGUCAUAGAAGUGUUGGCUUUUGUGGAAGCCUGUGUUCUCAUUGAACGCUUGAUUUCUGUUUCUUCGUCAUUCAUAGUGUUCGACAAGCCUGGGUGUAAGUUUCGUGAGACUUUCCGUGUCGUUCUGAGAGUAAAUUUCGCGGAUAGACAUAGUCGUAGUGAGUUACAGAGUAACAAGAUGGCCGCUGCCGCGGCUGCCGCACUGCUCGAUGAGCUCAUGGGCAGGAAUAGGAAUAUCCUUCCUAACGAACAGCCCAAGAAAUUAAAUUGGGAGGAUCCCGAGUUUUGCAAACUCUAUCUGGUUAAGUUCUGUCCCCACGACUUAUUUGUUAAUACAAGAGCUGAUUUAGGUGCGUGUCCCAAAGUUCAUGAUGAUGAAGCUAAAGAUCUGUUUGAGAAAGCACCCUAUUCAUAUCGCAAGCAACAAUAUGAGGAUGAAUUUAUCAGGUAUUGUCAAAGUAUGUUGAAUGAGGUAGAACGAAAAAUUGUAAAGGGAAAACAGCGAUUAGCCCUAAUUGGAAGAACGGAAGCACCCACAUUAACACCUGCGCAAACGCAACGAAAUGAAGAGCAGAUCGCUCUUUUGACUGAAAAAAUUAAUAAAUUAGUGGAAGAAGCAGAACAAAGUGGCAUACAAGGCAAUGUGGAACAAGCACAAGGUUUAAUGCGACUUUGUGAUCAGUUGAAAGAAGAGAGAGAGACUUUAAGGAAAUCCAAUGACAACAGCCAUUAUAAUCAGACUGCUGAAUUAGCAGCGGCACAGGAAAAGCAAAUGGAAGUAUGUGACGUGUGCGGUGCAUUCCUUAUCGUUGGCGAUGCACAGCAACGAAUUGACGAUCAUCUUAUGGGAAAACAACACGUAGGCUACGCGAGGUUGAAGAGUGCCCUUCAAGAAAUGAUGAGCAAACGUGAAAAAGCGCGUGACGAGAAAGAGCAAAGAAGAGAAGAAGAACGGAAGCAAAGGGCGCGAGCGAACGAAGAGCUCGAUAGACGACGAAGAGACGGAGAUCGUGAUAAACGUCGCAGAAGAAUGGAUGACGAUAAAAGUCGUUACGACUCAAACACGUACAGAAAUUUCGCACAUAGAAGCAGAAGUCGAUCGCGAGAUAGACAUUAUCGUGACGAUGAUAACCAUCGGCGUCAUAGUCGAGAUAAGGGUAAUCGCGAUCAUCGGAGUUCUAGCCAUCAUAACCGUCGCCGGCACCGCUCACGAAGUCGAAGUCACAAAUAACUUCUCUUGAUUGGUUAGUGAGUGAGAAGUAAGCCAGGUAUGCACUAAACAAUAUAACCAUAUUCGUCUCAAUUACUGUACAGGUACUCUUUCGAUUCAGGUGAGUUGCCAUUCCGAUGCACAUAAUACAUAUACAUGAUAAUAUAAUCUGUGAUGUUUGAAGCGCCGCGUAAGUCACACAGCAAGUUCCGUCUCACUCUCUCUCUGAAACACACUCUGUCUCUCUCCGCCUCUCUCUGUCUGAUUUCCUGUUAGAAUAGUCACGCACAGCGCUUCCUUGGGACAUAGAGAGAUAACAGGAAUCGAUCUCUUGUGUGCAAUAUUUUCAAUAGAAUAUAUUUUUUGUUUAAUUAAAUAUUAAAUUAUUAAUUAUUUUUAAUAAGUAAAAAAGAAUCGAAAUUAUUGUUUGCACCAACCUAAUAAACAUUGUUUCUAAGAUGAAACCUCGUGACUGGUAACCAGGCGCAACCAGAUGUGCAGUGAGCAAUAGUGAAAUCGACAGUCUAAUGUGUACAUGUUUUUUUGUCAAUGCAACAGCAGUCUAACUUGCUCGAUGUGAAAUUGGUCCUAAAAAUAUAAUAAACUAUACUUUGGGUUUCUUUUUUUUUCAGGCCGAUUUUAUUUAAACAUUUGUUAGACCAUUGUUGCAAUGAAUGAAAAAGAACACACAAAAUAUAGUUCUUAGAAUUUUUAAUAAAUCCAAACUUGAUUUUUCGAAUUUUCCCAAGUUCUUGAAAUAAAGUAGGGUAAAAGGUUUUUUGAUAACUUUUCAAAGAUAUCACAUUUUAUAUUUGUAAAAAAAAAAUUUUUUUUGAGAACUUGAGAAAAUAAAGUUGAUAUUUUCGCUACUUAUUUAUAGUUUACUUAUGUCGUUAUAAUUCUUUAAUACAUCCCCAAAAUGCCUUAAAAAUUAAUUUUAAAAAACUCGAAAAUUUUUAUUCGCGUCGUGCGUAAGAUUGAAUUUGGUUUCAAAUAUCAUUCCAAACUAAUUUCUAAUUUGUUUGCUGCGAAGCAAGCUGGGAGAAGGUAUACCUGUGCUUGCUUUCAUCGGUUGUAAUUCCGCAAUCCGAGCAACAGAAGGUUGUAAGUCCAAGAACUGAUUUUUUCCAGGAGAAGCCCCGCGAAGAUCCGGAAUUGCGGUGAUGCGCGCUUUCAAGAUUGAAUUACGCAAAAAUGUGAAUAAAUUCGCACACGUACACACACAGUUACACGCACAUAAAAAAUUUAUAUUAAGAGUUCAAACUUAUUAAAUAUAACACACACAUCUUUCCCAUGUUCUCUGUUUUAAAUAAAAUAAUUUGUUUCCAUAACAAUACGACGUUUCUUUUGAUUGUAAUGUAGUUUUACAAUGUUUAUUUUUUUUAAUUAAUGUGAAAAUUUGGAAUUUAUUUCACGCGCGGGAAUUUAUUUUGUUUUAGUACACGUAAAAAAAAAACGAACUUGGAACUUACGACAAAGCUUGUGAUUUUGGACUUACUUCUCUCUGUUUCUCGGACAAAAAGGACUGUCUUCGUAGGUCCGUUAAAAAGAGCGGAUAAUCUCGUUCGCGUGUACGAUAAGAGAGAAAGAGAGAGAGAAAGAGAUUUUAACGAUAUAGUGUGGAAGGGACACAACUCUCAGUGCCCGCUUCAUAGAGCUUCGUCCACGACUGCAAAUGCACGAGUGCGCAAACUACGAAUGCGCCCUGCAAACGUGUGACUGUGACUAUACGAACCUCUAGCUUCUGCCACGCAAAUGACGAG